AAAUGCGUCUGCCGGGAGUCGAACCCGGGUCUAUUGCUUGGAAGGCAAUUAUCCUAACCGUUGGACUACAGACGCUGACGUUUAAUUAUUCCAAAUAUUAUAUACUAAUCCGAAAUAAUAUGACGUGGCAAUUAUAAAUAUCGGAGAGAUCUGUUUGACUUUCUUCUCUAACAAACUAAUUUCGGAGUCAAAACGGGAUUGACUCUUGAAGACGACUCUCCGGCGAUUCUACCGCCGUUUCGUCCCCGGCGGUCGAUUUUGUACUGACAUUUUACUUACUUGUUCGAAGCGACUUCCAAUUUUACCUAAUCAAACGGUUCGAGAAUGGGUUGUAUUGGAUCUUCUCAUGCCAGAAAUGAAGGCGGAGUAAAAAAGAAGAAAAUCAGGAAACCUAAACCGUGGGCACAUACUGAGCCAAUCACAAGGGCACAACUUACGAAUAUGCGUGAGGAAUUUUGGGACACUUCUCCACACUAUGGUGGUCAAAGAGAGAUUUGGGAGGCACUUCGAGCUGCUGCUGAAGCUGACUUGAAACUAGCGCAAACUAUUGUUGACAGUGCUGGUGUGAUUGUCCAGAACCGUGACCUAACAUUGUGUUGGGAUGAAAGAGGUGCUAGAUAUGAGCUUCCUAGGUAUGUUCUAAGAGCAUCACCAACGCUCGUCUCUCUAUUUCAGUUUCUCAUAUAUGUGUGAACACAACUUUUAAAUGUGAACACAAAUAAAUUCAUAUUUUAUUAAUAAAUAUUUUAGUUAGACUAA